AUGAUGAAGCUAGCUAUAACAAUGCAAAUUCCUAGUGAUCCCAAAUUAAAACGGAAGCUGCAGAACAGAGAAUCACAAAGGGCAUCACGUAAACGUAAAGAUGUCUAUAUGAAUGAGCUCCAAACAAAACUCCAAACUUUCGAAGAUUCCAAGGCAGAAUCUAUGAUUAAGGCACAAGAGGAUAAUGCUAAACUCAAGAAGAUGGUAGAACAACUACGAGUAACAAAGACUGCCUUGGAAAACAAACUUUCUAGCUUAUUUGGUCCUAACUCUUUCAAAGAUUUUAUGAAAAAGAAAUCAACCCCACCUUCCACUCCACCUGCCAUUUUCGCAUCCAGUUCAACCCUUAUACAGUCACCAAUGCCAAACAGUAGUUUCAGCACAGACCAAGAGAACGAUGAUCCUCAAAUGUAUUUCUUACCACGAAAGAAACCCAGUGAAGAGACAGGCGAGCUUGUCAUGCCAACAGACCCAACGUCUCUUCAUCCAAUAUAUUCCACAACCCCUCGUCCUAAAGAAUUAGUAGAAUCCUGGGAAAGGUUUUCAAAGCAUCCUCGGUUUGAUGAUAUCGAUUUGGAUUUUGUGUGUACUGAGAUGAAGAAAAAGGCUCAGAUCACAGAUCACAAUGAGAAGUUGAAUUCUAUUAUAGAACUUCAUUAUCCAGCCUGA